AUUUGUUUUACUACUAUUUCUAUUUUGUAUUUUGCUCGUCUUUGCUUUCCAUUCUAUUCUAUAUUCCCAAAUUUCCAUUUUUUUUUUGUUUCCAGAUAUUCAGCAGGUUAUCUACGCUGUGAAUGGUGUUUCAUCUUUUUUUCCUCCACAUUUUUCUUUGCUGCUAUAUAGUUCAUAGAAUGGUAGUUGUGCUAUAAAAAACUGAUUUUUGCACCGUUUGUUUGAUUUAUGGGAAUGUUGGAGGCAUUUUCUGUUCUAUGCCUUAAAUGGGUCACUCAUUUUAGGAUAUUUCAUUACCUUUGUUUGUAAAUUUGCAACAAAAAUGUUAUGAAGCUAUUGGAUUUUUAGUUUCAUCCCUGAGUGGGAAUAGGGAUACGAAUCUCAAUGAUUCUCCGAGAACUGUGAUUCUUCUUCUUCUUCUCCAUCUAUGUGGUAUACUAGUUUAAUCUAAGAUGAACUCCCUGCACUUUUCAAGUUAAUGUCAGGUAAUUAGAGGGCAUGAUGGAGAAAAAUAGUUUGUUGUGGGAGAGGAAAUCUUCUGGUGAAACUGAAAGUUCAGGGUUAGCAUUGACUCAUUCUGAGAAGCAACCAGAUGAAGAGCACGAGGCACUGAAUGAAUCUCCUAUUGGACAUAAUCAAUCACCGGAUGUCACCUCAAAAUCUGUGGCCAGAGCUGAAGAUAUUAAUGAUAUGUCCUGUAUCCAUGCACAAUCACCUGAAGUCACCUCACACAUAACAGAAAACAUAAAUGGUUCAUUGGAGGAAGAUGAAGAUGGAGCAAAGGAUAAUAUAAUAAAGGAUGGAGAUGUAACUGAUGGAUUGGGGAACUUGUCAGAAAAGUUAUCUGCAGCGCUUGUGAAUGUAAGUGCCAAAGAAGAUUUGGUCAAGCAACAUGCGAAAGUCGCUGAAGAAGCUAUUGCAGGAUGGGAAAAGGCUGAAAAUGAAGUGACAGAUUUAAAGAAGCAAGUUGAGGCACUAACUCUAAGAAAUUCAACACUGGAAGAUCGUGUCACACAUCUAGACAGUGCACUUAAGGAGUGUGUUAGGCAGCUAAGACAAACAAAAGAAGAACAGGAGCAAAAUAUUCAUGAUUCUGUAUUAAAGAAAACACAUGAGCUGGAAUCAGCCAAAACUAAACUCGAGAACCAGCUCAAGGAGCUCCAGAGAAAAUCAAAUGCUUCUAAUGCUAGUUCUCCUUCAUCAACUGAUUCUGAUAUGCGCCAGAAGGUUGAAUAUUUGGAGAAAGAGAACAUGGCACUCGAACACGAGCUCCAAGCUCAAUCUGAAAAGCUGGAAAUUAGGACAAUAGAAAGGGAUUUAAGCACCCAAACAGCUGAGAUGGCUAGCAAGCAACAUUUAGAAAGCAUCAAUAAAGUGGCCAAGCUUGAGGCUGAGUGCCGGAGACUGAAAAGCAUGGCUUGUAGAGAUUCCAUUACAUCAUCCUCAUUUUGUGUUGAAUCUCUCAAAGAUGGUCAAUCAGACAGUGGAGACAUGACUAGUGCAAUGGAUAUUGAUAUCUGCGGGAAGAAUGGCUCAGAACCAGAAAUGUGUGAGUUAAGUUCUGACUCAUGGGCAUAUGCACUAAUUGCUGAGCUUGAUCAGUUCAAGAAUGAAAAGCAUAAACAAACUCCAUCUGGUUGUGUUAACAUUGAUCUCAUGGAUGAUUUUCUUGAAAUGGAACGACUUGCAGCACUGCCUGAUACCAAGAAUGAAAGCUUUAUCAAGGAAUCAGUUGCUAACAAUCAAUGCAUUCAUGAAGAGAGCUCCAUCAGAGGCAAGUUUAAUGUUACAAAUCGGCAAAUGGAUGAAAUAAAAGAGAAGCUAGAGAAAGCCAAAGCAGAGAAAGAUGAAGUGAAGCUAUGCUUAAUGAAAAGUGAGUGUGUUAUUGAGGCAUCACAGCUUCAAAUGAAGGAGGCAGAAACAAAAUUGGAGGAGUUGCAAAGAGAGCUAGAGAAUGCCUACAAAUCAAAGCAAAUGUUAGAAAAUGAACUAAUGAGCAUGCAGGCUGAGGCUCAAUCAAUAACAACAAAACUUCAUUUAUUAGAAGCAGAAGUUAAUAAGGAAAAGGCUAUGUCAGUUGAAAUUGCAACUAGGUGUAAGGAAUUGGAGGAUGAGCUAGAAAGAAAGAAGCAGGAAGAGAAAUUCGGGUCAAUAACCAGCUCAUACAGUGAAAUAAAACUAAAGCAGGAGGACCUAGCACUAGCAGCAGGAAAGCUUGCUGAGUGCCAGAAAACAAUAGCAUCUUUGGGGAAUCAAUUAAGUUCACUAACAACACUAGAAGAUUUCCUCAUUGACACUGCCAGCAUUCCAGAGUUUUCUGCAAGUUCAUCACUCAUUGCUAGAGCUGGUGGAGAAAUGUGGAAGUUGCAUUCAAAAGACACGCACUCACCUAGAAGAGAUUCCGGUACUUCAUGGUCGGGUCCACCCUUAAACAAAAACGAUGAAAGCUCACCACCCUCAUCAACCAACUUGCUCAAGCAUGACAGUUCUGAGAAGAGUAGAAAUGGUUUUGCAAAAUUUCUCUCUCAAACUGAGAGUGGAAUCCAACUAGGAAUUUAGUGGUAAAAAUAGUGAACUUACUAUAAUGCUGGAACUCUUUCUUUCAUAACUAAGAAACUUGGUCUUGUAUUCUUACAGAAAAAAACUUAGAUAUUCAAUCAUAUCAUUUGGUAUGUAUCCUAUGACUACAUUUUUUUCGAAAUCUAUGUUUGUGUUGAACCAUGGAUAUGGCAUGAAUAUAAUAAUCUUUUCUUU